AAGCAACACGUAGUUCCGCACAGGAUCGGGCAAGAUUGCGGCUUUUUAUUGUUGCAGUGAGUCGUUUUCUUAAAUUAUUCGGCCAAAUUACCUCAAACAAGACGGUGCAGAAUUAAAGCGGAUCUUUUCCAGCUUCCCAUUGUAACGACCUUGGGGGAAAAUUAGCUAAUCUGCAAAAUAGUGUUGUAUCUAGAAUCAACUGCAAGCGUUCCUUAACCGUGCAGCUGAACCUAAAGCUCGUAGAGGCAUGUCGCACAGAAGAAGCCGGAGUAGUUCGCCACCAUCGUUUGGCACCAACAGCAAUGACCCCCGUGACCUGGAGCGAAGGAUUUUUGUCGGAAAUUUGCCCACUGCUCACAUGGCGAAGAAGGACAUGGAGGAUCUGUUCAGGCCAUAUGGCAAAAUACAGGCCUUGUCCCUGUUUCGUGGGUACGGAUUUGUGCAGUUUGAACGAGUGGAAGAUGCUGAGGCCGCUAAAGCUGGACAUAACGGUCGAAUUUAUAGAGGUUAUAAACUAGAUGUAAAUAUGGCAGCGGAGAGACGGCAGAAUAAACCCAGGUCGAGCCCUCCACGCAGGCCUGCCAGUGGUUAUGGGGAAAGUCGAGAGCCCCGUCCACGGUCUCGGUCCCCAGUCGGACGAGGUUCUAGAGACCACCGUGAUGGCCGAGAAAUGAGAGAGCACAGCCGUGAGCCGCGGCCCGGUCCACCUCGUGAACAUGAUGCUAGAGUCCCUGGUGAGGAACGAUACAGGGGGUCAGAGAACAGGGAGAAAGAUCCUCACUACAGAGAAGAAGGUUAUGACCGUUAUUACCGCGGAGAGUACGACUAUUAUCGGAAAAAGGAUGAGCCAUACACGGACCGCUACAGAGAACCCUGGAAUGGCAGGAGAGAGCCAGAGGAUGAGCGUGUUCGUCCGGAAGAGCGCCGGAGGAAUGAUUUGUAUCGUCAAUAUUACGAAGAGCUUCAGAGGCGCUAUGAUGCUGAGAGACCAGUGGACUGUUCCGUUAUAGUCGUCAACAAGCUGCAGAAGGAAUAUGCCGAGACGGUGGGCCGAAAGGUUCGUGAUCAGGGUAUGGUGGUAGAUCUCAUCUUCCUCAAUACAGAAGUCUCAUUGACUCAAGCUCUCGAGGAUGUGAGUCGGGCUCGUACGCCCUUUGCCAUCAUUAUCACGCAGCAGCACGAGGUGCAUCGCUCCUGUACGGUCAACAUCCUCAUUGGAACCCCACAAGAACACAGGAACAUGCCUAUGCAGGAUGCCAUGGUGCUGGUGGGCCACAACUUUGACACUUUUAAAGCGGAGCACCGUGCCAAAGAAAGAGACGAGAUUGCCAGGAAGGCAGCUAAGAUGGCCGAUGACGUGUUGAUGAGGGAGCUUGACCGAGAGGGACACCCGGUCUCCGUCCUGACUGCAAUCACACUGCUGUCAGAGGGCAGGUUUAUGACUCCAGAAGAGUUGGCAAGGCUAACUGACUAUCUGAGAGAUAAACGUGAACGUCUUCUCAGAGGAAGCACUGAACCUGGAACACUCCCCCCAGCCGCCACUCAUGAGGCCGCUCAGCCAACCCAGACUCUGCCUGGUUCAGCACAACCAACAUAUUCAAGUCUCUCCAUGCAUACCCACCUACCCACUGUGCCCACCCCUGUCUCGACCGCCAACCAACAGCAGGAACUCCAGGCUAAAAUCCUAAGUAUGUUCAACAGCGGCACCGGUGCUACUUCUGCGGCCAAUCCUGUUCCAGUACCCCAACUGCAGUCCUACACCUCCAAACUUGGCCCUCAAUCCACCGGGCUCCAGUCCUCGCUUGCCACUGGCAUGCCCAAAAUAGCCGCCAUCCAGCCACAGGGUAUGAUAAACCCUCGCACUUCCCUGAGGCCCCCUCUUCCUCGUUUGCCGGGCCCCCCGAGGUCGUCAGCCACCUCGGGCACUGGGAUUAACUUCGAUAACCCCAGUGUGCAGAAAGCCCUAGAUACGCUCAUCCAGAGCGGGCCCAUUAACCACUUGGUCAGUAUGGGAGGCUCGGGGCAAGCAUCUAGGCCAGGGCAGGGGAUGGAUCAAGGGCCACCAUCCAUGUCCCACUAUUCUCGUCAUUACUGAAACAAAAUCUCACAAGGACUGUGAUUGCUCUGAAUUAUCAUAAAUAUUUUUUUCCCCCUGUUGUCAUUUAUGAUAAGAAAAAAUCUUGAUGUGUGUUUCCUGUAAAGUCAGAGUUGAAGUCAUAAUUUUCUGGUUUUACGGUUUUAUUUUUCCUUUUUUGUGUUAGAUGGAAACCUAUUCGGUGCAUGAUUGUAAUGCUGCAUCUUUUGGAAUUUGAAUAUUUCUGUUGUUUUAUAUCAAAUUUGUUCACUGUAUAUACCAGCUAACUUCUGACUUAAUAAAUUCAUUUUAGAUAC